UGGUUAGAAACGGAAAGGGGAAGAGGCGGGGGUGAGGCGCUGAGUGACGCAUGCACUACACACACACACGGAUUCAGUCUGCCUCUUUCUCUCCCUCCCCUUCUCUCUCUCUCUCUCUCUCCCUUGUUUUUGUUAACUGCUGCUGUUAUAAAUUGGAAUAUUGCUUCUAACCGAAAUUUCUACAAAGAAAGCCACCUGUAGUUCUGUUUGAGUCACAGAACACACUUUAUAUUAAGACAACAACUAAAACAGCCGCCGCAGAAUUGCCAUUGCUGAGAGAAGAAUUUUCUGCAAGUUAUUGGCAGUAUAUUUGUUUGGUUACCAGUGAAAAUUUGAAAUCACAAGAAUGGCAAAUCCUCAUUAUCCCUACUCACGAUCCCUGACACCGCUGUAUAACAGAAUGCCUUCGUGGAGCAUCUGGGAGGACCCAUGGACUGAUAUGCCGCCAUUUUCCCGACUCUCUGAUCAACAUUUCGGAAUAUCUCCAAUGAUGGAUGAUUUCUUCAGUCACUGGCAGAACUGGCGUCGAUCGAAUAUGCACAGUGGAUUCCACCAUGCUAUGCCUGUGGCCCAACAACAGUCAGCUGUGUCUACAGGAUUUUCAGAAGUGAGCAAUGAUGAAAAAGAGUUCAAAGUCCGGCUUGAUGUGAGCCACUUCAGUCCAGAUGAAAUAACUCUGAAAGUUAUUGACAAUAGAAUUGUAAUUCAUGCAAAACAUGAAGAAAAACAAGAUGAACAUGGAUAUAUUCAGAGAGAAUUUAAACGCCAAUAUCUUCUUCCAAGGGAAUGCGAUGCAGCAAAUGUGACUUCCGUGUUGGCCUCUGAUGGUGUUUUAACAAUCCGAGCAACUAAACUAGCUUUAAAUAGUGGUGAGAGAGUCAUACCAAUUACUCAGGAAACCAGUAGUGCUAACCUUUAAGUAUUUCAUACUUUGUGACUUUAGAGACAGGUAAAGAAAAGAGAAAAAAAACAGAACAACGAACAAUGGUUAAAAUGUUUUUUUGUUUUAUAAUAUUUAAAAAAAAAAAAAAGGAAAAUUGCUUUGGUUUCUGCUGCAAGUCUGAGGUUUUAUAGACUCUAAGAACACUAAAACCUAUUCUAGAUUUAUUACCAGAUAAAUUAUGUAUUCUGACUGUUUCUAUUCUCUUUGAACUAUUAAAGGUAAACAAAAAACAAAUUCUAAUCUAUUCUACACACACGUGUGCACACAUGCAUGCACACAUGUGUGUGUACACGUACACACACACACACACACACACACAUGGAGUUUUAGAGCAUGUAAGCUACAUACAAUUUGUUUAUGAGAAAAAAUAAUGUAUACUGAAAGGCUCCACUCAUAUUCUUUGUGAGAAAACAAAUGGAUUCAAUGCAGCCAACAAAUGAUGAUUGAUUAAUCUGUUUAGCAGAUGAGAUGUCAUGAAAUGGGUUACGCUGAAGGAUUUUCAAAAAUUUCACCUUCAGAUGAUGCUAACACUAUUUAGUUGUUGAAUUAAAGACACAUUUUUGUUGUUGUUCAUUUUUUUUUUCCUGAGGUCAGUUAAGAAAUAAGGCAAUAGAAAUAGGUCUUUAGGAGUGAGUUGUAUAUAAGCAAUUAAUAAUUAAAGAGUAUAUGAUCCUUGUGUUGCAGUAAGUAUUGAAAUAUCUGUUGUUUGGUAAGAAAUCUUAGCCUCAGUCAAAAUGGAAAUGAAUAGAAGUUUAUCUGUAAAAACAAGAAUUCCAUAAAAAUACAAGACGAGGAAAUACAUAUAUAUAUAUAUAUAUAUAUAUAUAUAUAUAGAGAGAGAGAGAGAGAGAGAGAGAGAGAGAUAGAUACAUACAUACAUACAUACAUACAUACAUACAUACAUAUAUAUAUAUUUAGUUCUCAUUUUAAACAUAAAGAAAUAAAAAUGUGAUAGAAAUUUAUUUCAAAAAGGAAGACUGAAGAUGACAUGUUUUGUUGGAAAAUGUGAAUUCAAAAAUAAAUGAUAUAAAUGAAAAUGGAGUAAGGCUGUAAGAAUGGCAAAGUCUGGAAGAUAUCAAGAUUCUGUGAAGAAGAAAUAGUUGAUGCCUUCAAAAUAAAACAAUACUCUCCAACAGCUUUCCCAUCAAAGUUGAAAUUUUAUGAGAAGUUAAAAUUGUAAAAAGCUUGUAGACAUAAAUACUUAAUCUCAUGAAAAUCAGACUGUUUAAUCAUUACUUUACAUCUUACUCUAAACAUUUUUCUUGUUAGCUAACAUAAUUUUAAUUUUAAAUUAAAUGGUUUAGCCACUGAAGUUGUCCCAAAAUAAAUCUUUCGAUAAAAAUGUUUGAUGAAAAUCUUUUUUGGACCCUAAAAAUAUCAGUGACAAGGAUAUUAUGUGUGAAUAUAUAAAGUAUAAAAGAUGUAUGAGAAUGUCAAGCUGGGUGACAGAAUUUAAUCAUGAAACUGAUAAAUUAAAAUUCAUGAUUUACUAAUCAUGAAUUUUGAUGAAAAAAAAAUAAUAGAAAAAAAAUCCCAUUAUUUAAUAUUUCCUAACUUUAUUGGGUUGGCUGAACCAUUGAAAUAAAUGAGAGUCAGUAGAAGAGGUUUGCAGAAAUAGGACAAAUUUCUUCCAAUGGAUUUCCAGUUUAUUUCUUGUAGCCAGCUCAGUAAAGUGACAGGGCCUAAAAGUUGAUUUCUAAAUAUAUAAGAAUAAUUUGGUUUAAAUGUAGAAACUAGGUGAUACAAAAUUAUAUUUUAGAUUUAUAACCCUGGAAAAUCUCAAAUCUUUUUCACUUUUAACUUUAACAACAACUUAGAAAAUUGUAAAAUUUGUAAAAUCUACUUUAAAUGGUUUUUGUUGAUGUCUCUAACUGCAGAAUAGCAUUACCAUAAGGAGAUUUAGUUUCCGACCAAAGAAUACCAAUAUGGCCAGGUAUUACUUUUUUUCAUAAAUCUGAAGUACCACUAAUCUUUGUUAAAACUUCUGCAGAAUCAUUAAACUGUUGUCCAAAACUCA